CGGCGGUGCUGUGUGAGCGUCCCGGUGGCCGCGGCGUCCUGGGCGCGGACGGGGCGGGACGGGCAGGCAGUCAAAGGGCUCUCGGGAGAGCGGCCAUCUGUUUGUCCUGGGCUUCUAAAGAAUAGUCGGAGUUCACCGGACAAAGCAGAGUCAUCACGGACGGAGGGAAAACAUAGACCUAAGUGGAACGACCCGGUGCUUUGGGGCCAUGGGAAGUAACCGAGGUGGCGGUUUAGGAGGGCGGGGGACAGUGGUCACAUAGGAAUAGUGCGGACUCAAGGAGCCUUGAACGCCAAACCAGGCAAGGGAGGACGCGUGGAGGGGACGUGGUGACUGAGCACUUGAAGGAGGGAGACCUCUUUGCUAAUGGAGUGCGCGUAGGAAGCCGUACACAGUAACAGCGCGGUGAGACACACGGACGCCGUCAGCUAGAGCUCUGGGAACGGAAAGGGGUGACGCAGGGGUUCAGAGGAACCACGGGACGCCCGAGAGUGAAGGGGGCAGUGUGGUACUCCACGGGACCUCACCCAUUUCCGCCCCACACUGCCUCCCCCGGUGCACCUCCUGCACUCCUGCCUACCCUCAGCACCUUAACACCAGUCGGCUACCUGCUGUAUGCUGCAGAUUUUAAACCAUUUACGACUAUAAUGUUGUGGGAGGAGGCUACCCAAGAAAAGUUGAAUUCUUGAACAACCCACGCCUGGGGCUUCCUGGGUCGGAGUCGUCCUCCCAGCCCCCCAAGAGAAGGAAGAAGAGAUACCUGCGGCAUGACAAACCCCCCUACACCUACUUGGCCAUGAUUGCCUUGGUGAUCCAGGCCGCACCCUCCCGCAGGCUGAAGCUGGCCCAGAUCAUCCGUCAGGUCCAGGCCGCGUUCCCCUUCUUCAAGGAAGACUACGAGGGCUGGAAGGAUUCCAUCCGCCACAAUCUCUCCUCCAACCGAUGCUUCCGCAAGGUGCCUAAAGAUCCAGCGAAGCCCCAGGCCAAGGGCAACUUCUGGGCAGUCGACGUGAGCCUGAUCCCGGCCGAGGCGCUGCGGCUGCAGAACACGGCCCUGUGCCGGCGCUGGCAGAGCAGGGGCGAGCGGGGAGCCUUCGCCAAGGACCUGGGCCCCUACGUGUUGCACGGCUGGCCCUACCGGCUGCCCAGUCCCCAGCCACCACCCAGUGAGGGCUUCAGCAUCAAGUCUUUGUUAGGGGACCCCGGGGAGGGGGCACCACGAAGCAGCCCAGGUCCAGCGGGCUCUGGGCACAGUGGGCAGAAGGUGAUGCCCACUCCACCCCUGCCCUCUGAGAGGCCUCUGUGGCCCCUCUGCCCCCUUCCUGGGCCCAGGAGAGCAGAUGCGGAGACUUCCCAGGGCGGAAGCAGCAGGCCCUCGCCCCUCUCCCCUGAGCACAGAGCCUGGCCCCUCCACUUACUGCAGGGCUCUCCAGAUCCUGGGGGGCUGUCCAGUGGGAGUCACAGGGCCUCGCUGUGGGGGCAGCUGCCCACCUCUUACUUGCCCACCUACACUCCCAAUGUGGUAAUGCCCUUAGCCCCACUACCGCCCACACCCUGUCCCCAGUGCCCACCUUCAACCAGCUCAGCCUACUGGGGGGUGGCCCCUGAAACUCAUGGCCCCCCAGGGCUGCUCUGGGAUCUCGAUGCCCUCUUCCAGGGGGUGCCACCCAACAAGAGCAUCUAUGAUGUGUGGGUUAGCCACUCCCGAGAUCCAGCUGCCUCCACCCCAGGCUGGCUACUCUCCUGGUACAGCCUGUGAGGCUCCCAGGGCAGGGGAGCUUUCCUCUCCUACCCCUUCCUGCCACCACUGGCUUGUUGGGGAACGAGGGCCAAGAGGUCCAAGAGGUGUCUGUGGCCACGGCAGCCCUGAAACACCAGGCACCAGCGGUGCUGAGAAUCCACGAUGUUUAUUGGACUGCCCCACAAAGGGCUGUGGUCUAGCUAGGCACCACCCUGGCCCUGAUGGUCAGUCAUGCCUCUCCUACCCCCAGAGGCAAGACUGGAAAGAGUGGGGGCUUUCCUAGCAGCAGCCCCUUCCUGAUCCUACUUUCUCUGCUGGUCUACCCUCCUUUCCAUCCAUCCAUCCAUCACCAUGUGACACUUCCCCUCCCUGGCUCCGGGCUGGGGGAGGGAGAACCUAAAUGGUGGCUCCAGCCUGAAGUCCUGUUCUCCCUCGUGUGCCUGGGAACGAGGUAGCAGCACCUUUUUGGGGAAAGGAACUCAAGAUUCUGCUUGGUUUUGGUGGUGGUAGUGGGGAAGAUAACAGUAAAGGAGUAGACAACA